GGAGAUGCAAUAGUCUGGUGGCGUGCCUGCGUGAUAUGGUCCAGGAACCGUGCGGUCAUAGCUCUGGCUGUGGGCGCUGUCACCGCAUCAAUCUCUAACCUCUAUUUCACAGGGACCGGUGUCGCAGCUCCAACCAUCAUCGCCACCGGACCGGGAUUGGCGUCUUGGUUUUCGAAGUAUGGUGUCGCUGCUUCGGGCCUGUCCCUCCUGAGUAACAUCUUUACCACAACUCUCAUUGCAUAUAAAGCUUGGGAGCAUCGGCGUAUCUUCAAGGAUAAUCUGGAUGGUCUAUCUGUCACCACACAGGCGCAGCGAAUAUUGACUCUCCUCGCGGAGUCUGGGGUGGCGUAUUGUAUACUUUGGGUAUGUGACAAUGCUACAUUAAGC